UCGUCUAGUUGGUUCCGCAUGCUGGUACGGGGCCUGCAGUCCCGCGCGCUCGCCUUGAUUUCCCUUCACUUCUCCUGCCCCCGAAGCAGCGCGUUCCAUCACCUCUUGAUGCCUGAAGACCCAAAACGACCCCGACGGGAGGAGCAACUCAUGGCGCCGAAGAUCGGCACCCAUAACGGGACAUUUCAUUGCGACGAGGCGCUCGCGUGUUACCUCCUGCGGACGCUGGAGCCGUACAGGAAUGCAGAGAUUGUUCGGACCCGGGACCCUCAGCUUUUGGCUCAGUGUGAUGUAGUGGUGGAUGUGGGUGGGGAGUAUGAUCCAAACAGGCACCGAUACGAUCACCAUCAAAGGUCAUUCUGUGAAACAAUGCACAGCCUGUAUCCUGACAAGCCCUGGGUUACCAAGCUGAGCAGCGCUGGACUUGUGUACGCUCACUUUGGAUCUCAAAUACUUGCGACACUCCUAAACACGGAAGAGGAUGACUCCAUCAUACCUGUACUGUACGACAAAAUGUAUGAGAACUUUGUUGAAGAAAUCGAUGCUGUUGAUAAUGGGAUAUCGCAGUAUGAUGGUGAAUCGCGCUAUUCCAUAACAACCACCUUGAGCUCUCGUGUCGGCCAUCUGAACCCACGCUGGAAUGAACCGGACCUAGACACGGAGGCUGGAUUUAAGAAGGCCAUGGAAUUAGCCGGCUCUGAGUUUGUGUCCCGUCUGGAUUUUUAUCACCGCUCUUGGCUGCCAGCUCGCGCUCUAGUAGAGGAGGCCAUCAAGGACAGAUUCCAGGUGGAUGACAGGGGUGAGGUGAUCGUUCUGGCUCAGGGUGGUUGUCCUUGGAAGGAGCAUCUAUUCCAGCUGGAGAAGGAGCUAAGUCUGGAGAAACAGAUCAAAUAUGUGUUGUACCCCGAUCAGAGCGCACAGUGGAGAAUACAGUGUGUUCCUACGGGCCCUAGCACUUUCCAGAAUCGUCUCUCUUUGCCCGAGGAUUGGCGUGGGCUGCGGUCUGACGACCUCUCCUCUGUCAGUGGGAUUCGAGGCUGCAUCUUUGUUCAUGCCAGUGGAUUUAUCGGUGGAAAUGAGACACAAGGAGGAGCUUUAGAAAUGGCACGGAAAGCUCUCACAUCAUAAAAAAUAAUUUAACAUUGGAUACACGCUGCGUGGCCCUACUACCGCGGCACGUAGACCAACUCCAACCAAUUGUAUUUAUACAAUUUACCAUCAGUAAAUAUUUUUGUAUUCAAUU